AUGUUGGCAGUAGCUGUCGCGCUUUCCGGCUUCACUAUUCAUACUGCUGGUGCGAAUGCGAACGAUUGUGAAAUGAUAUACAACGGAGUGAAAGUUGAUGGAGGAGCAGGCGCAGGUCUAGUUGUGAAAGCUGGAGGUGGUGUAAGCGCUGGUGUUGGUGCAGAUGCCGGGCUCGGUGUUACUACUGGUCUUGGUGUCAAAGCUGAUCUUAAUGUCAAAGCUGGUCUUGCUGGGGGCGCCGGACUUGGUGUGAAAACUGAUGUAAAUGUAGGUGCGGAUGUUGGUGUUAAACUCAGUGGUGGCGUUGAUGCUGGUCUCGGCGUGAAAGCCGGUCUUGGUGUCAGUACUGGUCUUGGUGUCAAAACUGGUCUUGGUGUCAAAACUGGUCUUGGUGUAGACGCUGGCCUUGAUUUGAAAGCUGGUCUUGGUGGAGGUGUCGGUCUAGGUGUAAAUACUGAUCUCGGCUUGAAAGGCGGGGUCGGAGUAGGCGCUGGUCUUGGAUUGAAGUCUGGUGUUAGUGUCGGAGCUGGUGUUGGCGCUGGUCUUGGAUUGAAGUCUGUUGUUGGUGUCGGAGCUGGUGUUGGUGUUGGAGCUGGUGUUGGUGGAGACGCCGGCCUCGGUUUGAAAGCCGGUUUUGGCGCUGGCGUCGAUCUCGGUGUGAAUACUGCUCUUGGAGGCAAAGCUGGCCUUGGUGUAGGUGCUGGUGUUGAUGCUAAAAUUAGUGGCGGCGUAGGCGCUGAUCUUGGAUCGAAAGCUGGUCUUGAUGCAGGUGCUGGCCUUGGUGUGAGUCUUGAUGCAGACGCUGGUGUUGCUCUCGGUGUAGGUGCCGGCCUCGGUGCGAAAGCAGAUCCUGGCGUUAAAGCCGGUCUUGGUGCUGGUGUCGGGCUUAAGGCCAAUUCUGGUCUUGGUGCAGGUGUAAGUUUAGGUUCAGGUGUUGGUGUGAAUGUUCGCCGUCGCCUGCGCAUAAAUUAUUUGGCGAGUGUUUGA